AUGCCUUUCGGUAUUCUAGACGACGAUAAACUGGAGCACAUUCCCGGCACCGCCCCACUAAAUAGUUUCGCAGAUACAAAUUCAUACUCUGGCAUAGACCCGGGUCUCCUCAAACAUGACCCCACCGGUCAGAUUGUGCUUGUCCCACAGCCAUCCGACUCCCUCAAUGACCCUCUCAACUGGUCGCGCAGAAAGAAGGAGCUCUUCACUGUCGCCUACGGCUGGGGAUGCGGCUGUGUAGGAGCCGUCGGUCCCCUUCUCGGCGGAGCAUUCGUCCCUCUCGCCGCAGACUUCGGCGUCUCGCUAUCGACAUUCGUCUCAGCCGUACAGGGCGGCACCAUUGCAGCCAUCGCCGUUGGAAGUUUACUUUUCAACUCUUUGGCAGUGAAAUAUGGAAAGCGCCCUGUUUAUCUCGGUACCACUCUCGGCUUGAUGGUGUCUUGCUUUUGGGCCGCAGGGGCUAGAAGCUUUGAAUCAUUUGUUGCUGCACGUGUGUUCUGUGGUCUCUGUAUGGCGCCCAUGGAAGCUUUGGUUCCUGCUUCGAUCUCGGAUAUCUGGUUUGUGCACGAGCGUGGGUAUCGGACUGCAAUCUUUAACCUCGGUGUCUUGGGUGGGAUCAAUCUUGCAGUUCCGAUCGCUGCUGCGAUCAUUGAAUACGGAUCAUACCGUAUUGCGUUAAAUGCUAUGGGUGGUGCCUUUGCUCUGGCUUUGGUCCUCGUUUUUUUCUGGAUGCCCGAAUCGGCUUAUGCUCGUGAGGCUCUCAAUAUAGAUACGACUGAUACGAAUAUAAUGCUCGACGGGAAGAGAAGCCUGGAACAAGUUGAACACGCAUCCGAUGCCGAAUCUCCAUCUACCGAGCUACCAAACUCUUGGACCAAGCAGCUUAUGCCAUACAGUGGCUAUGUUAACCAUACGUCAUUCUGGAAUACGCUCAUCCGACCAUUCUAUCUCUUGGCUUCUCCGGCUGUGCUGUGGGCGGUUCUCCUGUUUACGACUUGCAUCUCGUGGCUGGUCGGCAUUUCUCUCACACUCUCGCAGAUCUUCUCUGCCCCACCGUAUAGCUUCUCUGUCGUUGGUGUCGGAGCGACAAACCUUUCGUCAUUUGUCGCAUCUGUUCUUGGUACUCUGACAGCAGGGCCUUUGAUUGAUGGUUUGAUUACCCGAAUGUCGAAGAAGAACGGUGGUAUAUUUGAGCCGGAAUUCCGUCUUCCAAUCAUGGUCACCUACGUUCUAUUCACCUCAACAGGAUUCUUUGCCUGGGGCCAAUCUUCAUACGCCCAAGACCCAUGGCCAGUGCCGGUCAUCGUGUGCCUCGGCCUCAUCAAUUUCGGAGUCCAGCUGGGAACCACUGGUGUUGUCACUUAUGUCGUCGAUUGCCAUCGUGAGAAGGCUGGUGAGGCCUUUGCGGCCAUGAAUUUUGUCAAGAACAUGUUCGCUUUUGGAUUAUCAUUUUAUAUCAAUGGCUGGAUCGAUAGCCAGGGUGUUCGCGACUGCUUCUUUACUAUCGGUGGUAUUACUAUGGGCGUGACGCUGUUUACGAUUCCUAUCCAUCUGGAAUUUAAACAGCUCCCUUUCAACAAUAUCUGGUUUCUUGUUCUCCAAUUCCUCCAUGUCCCAGUUGCUCGAGACGAAGCGUCCGCUCAACCAUUCGCGUCGCUCCUGACUCAACCAUACAGUGGUAUCAGCAGGAAGAGUCACAUCAUCAACCAAAGCAUCACGUAA